CUCGCUGGGUUUGAAGAGGGUGGAGAUGAAGGGGAGAAACCCAGAGAGCAGCAUGGCAACACAAACCUUAUAAAGAAUGAUGCACACACCCGGCGGGGCGCCUCAGUUCAGCUCUCCUCGCAGACACCAGCAGCAGCGGCAGCAGCACCUUGCAGCAGUCAUGCUCAGCCUCAAAUUACCACAAGUCUUCACCAUCAAUCAAGUGCCCAAAGUUUUCCACGAGCACGGCAUCAUCUCCGGCUACCGACACCCCCGCAGCUCGGCCACCGACUGCAUCCUGAGCCUCUUCCAGCUGACCAAUGAGACCCUCAACAUCUGGACCCACUUUUUGCCCACCUGGUACUUCCUCUGGCAGGCGGUGUCGGUGGUGUUGGUGCAGACAUCGUGGCAGGACUCCUUCAUCUGGCCUCUGGUGAUCUUCCUGCUCACCUGCUGCAUUUAUCCGCUGGCGUCCAGCUGCGCUCACACCUUCAGCAGCAUGUCGGCGCGGGCCCGCCACAUCUGCUUCUUCUUCGACUACGCCGCCCUCAGUUUCUACAGCCUGGGCUCAGCAAUCGUCUACUCGGCUUAUGUGUUCCCGGACAAGUGGGUGAACAGCUUCUUCCACCGGUGGUACGUGCCCGCGGCCGUGUUCAACACCAUCAUCUGCAGCGGCAUGGCCUGCUAUUCCAGGCUCGGCCUGCCGUUUGUGCAAUAUAACCACGACGUCGUAAAGAGGUCCACCGAGUGUCAUUCUCCAAAGUUCAGCAAAUAUCUCCGUGUUUUUGCCUUCGCCUACCCGUACAUGUUCGACCACAUUCCUCUCUUCUACAGGGUGUUUCUGUGUGUAGGAGAGGGCUGCACAGAAAAUGACACCAACGUGCUCCACUGCAACCACAUCGUCUUCGCUCUGCUCACGGGCUUCCUGUUUGCCACACACUUACCUGAGCGCCUGGCGCCGGGGAGCUUCGACUACAUAGGUGAGACUGACCGGAGGAGAAGCCACGCUCGUCGUCAUCGCCACGUUGCGCGCCUUUUCGUUUUGCGCCACAUAGAGGUUUCACGACAGUGAUUUUGCACCUUGAGGAAGUCACAGCCACCAGCUCUUCCACGUGUGCGGCAUCCUCGGCACCCACUUCCAGAUGAAGGCCGUCGGGCAGGACAUGGUGACGCGGCGCCCCUGGCUCCUGGAACACUCCGUGCCCGUCACCUUCUCCAACUCCGUGGGGGCGGCGCUGCUUUGCGUGGUGGUGAACUUGGCCAUCAUCGGCCUCUACAGCCUACCUCUCCUCUCUGCUCCGGCCUGUAGACAAAAGAAACGCGAUGAAGGAUCAAAGAAAGCCUCAGGCUGGAUCUGCUCCUGCUCCUAAACCUCCGGCACCUUAACCACGUGGUUGGAAAAGAGUGCAUUAUGGGAACAAACGUGAGCUACGUGGGAGCCGAUGUAAUGGGGAUUGUAAUGGAGAUUGUACUCCACACUCAGGGUGGUAUUCAGCCGUAAGACAUCGCUCUGAUGCGUUGCACUAACACACAAUGGAAAGCAAGCAAAAUGUUUGUUUCUAUUAUAUGUGAAUAAUCCAAAUGUUUCUAAGGAAACUAUUUCCGACAAAAACUUUGGUCCUAUGAGAUCAUCUCUUUAAAAGAACAGUUUAUUUCACUCAGUUGUCUGAUUUCCACUUGUGGGGUAUGAAGAGACUGUUAUAUGCAGGGAACAAUAACCAUGUGAAAUCUAAAAUAUACAUUUAAAAUUGUAGUAUUGCAGUUCACUGUGCCUUUCCCCAUUUAUAGUGAUUGUCAUCAUUACAUUACAUGACUAAAUAAAACCACACAUAGGAGACAGUUAUGACCAGAGAUGAUCAUGUUUGCUCUGGAGUUUGAGCUACAAACAACAAAUCAACAAAUUCUUUGUCAGCAGCGUGUUUACUGUUAAUGUAGCCCCUGAUACAGAGAAAGUGUUUUCAGAGUAGUUUAUUUCCCUCACAUGAUGUGCCUUUGAAGAUAAACUGAAAGUAUUUUUGUACAAUGUUAUUUAUUUUUCAAAUAUAAUAUCAACCAAACUU